AGUUCAGGGGUGAUGUGACUGCGUAAAUUGCUUACUGGAUUUUCCUUAGAUCAAAUCUUAUCAGAUCCGAUGAUUAGAUUUUUCUCGUUGCCCCAUCGCGACCCACGACCCACUCGUUAUACCCAUCUUCCUGGGUUAAAACCAUGAGCUAGGUCCUAGGUCCUAGCAAUUGACAUGGUGCAGGGAUGGAAUUUUUCUCGGGCAUUGCCUAUUUCAUGUAGGAACGGACUGGAUUUACUUACGUAUGAAUACUACGUUCGGCCGAGUAUUCCGGAGUGGCUAGAUAUUUUUCGGUUGACAAUUUUCGAGGUCGAAGCUAGGGAGAACACUGCAUAAGCAAUGAUCGUCAGAGAAUAGCAGAAUUACCUGUCCACGGCAGGAAAGUGGACUGCUUCGGCGUUAGUGCGUCAUCAAAUUCCCGCAGCUAUCAAGCUAUUCGAGAAUCUACCUCACCGUGUAUAUGGAGCCGUCACCACACUCGGGAUGAGUGAAGCUUGCUGCUUCGUACAGCUAGAAAAGCCGUUGCAUUAGGGCGGGGGUCGAUCUCCUGCAUGCUAAUUCUAGCCUUUUUUGGAACUCUUGGACAUCCCGUUAAGCAAGAUCACGGCAGGCGUAGAUCCUUUUCUUUUUAUUAUUCCCAUAGACCUUAAUAGGAGAUAGGCCUUAUUUCUUUUGUGUUUCGUUACACAGAACCGGUCGGAAUCCCUUCACUCACACACCCACCAUCUAUCAAGAUGGCUACACAGCCACUUAUUCCAUCAUCAAUAUCAAAUCCUCAAUUUCAGAGACAGAAGCUAUCUUAUUUAGAAGGGCCGGUAGAUCCUCCGUUGGUAGAUUUAACUCUAGGGGAGUUAUUGGAUCUACAAUGUCAACAUCAUGGCAACCAAGAGUGUAUCGUCACAUCCUGGACUGGCGCUCGAUGGACAUACAAUGAGCUGAACCACCAGAGUGCACAAUUGGCGAAGGCGCUAUUAUCACUUGGCAUCGGUGUUGGUGAUCGUGUUGGUAUCAUGGCUGGGAACUGCGAACAGUACGCGGCAGUCUUUUUCGCAGUCACACGGAUUGGUGCGAUAUUAGUGAUAUUGAAUAACACAUAUACGCCUGUAGAGGCACAAUACGCGUUGGGUUUUACUGACUGCAAGGUAUUCUUCACAACCAAGAAAAUCGGGAAGGCGGAUAACACAAAGCUCCUAUCAGAGCUGGCAACCCAAAAGAAGGGACCUAAUGUCGUGAUAUUAAGAGGGGAAUCAGGGUCCUACCCGACAUAUGCGGACUUAAUCAAGCAAGGGCGAGGAAUAAGCAAUAACCAUCUUAACCGCCUUAGCAAGAGGGUCCUCGCGCAUAACGUCUGUAACCUACAGUUCACGAGUGGUACCACUGGCCUUCCCAAAGCUGCUAUGCUGACCCACCACAAUAUCGUAAAUAACGCCCGUUUUAUUGGCGAUCGCAUGCGGCUCACUCCGGACGACGUACUCUGUUGUCCGCCGCCCUUGUUUCACUGCUUCGGCCUUGUUCUUGGCAUGCUCGCUGUUAUCACCCACGGCGCGAAGAUUGUAUAUCCACAAGAGACUUUCGACGCUGCUGCGGUCAUGCAAGCUGUCGCCGACGAAAGGUGUACAGCUCUUCAUGGUGUGCCUGCUAUGUUCGAAGCCAUGUUGAGCUUACCCCCACCGCCAAAUUUCGAGAGCCGCGCACGCUUACGCACGGGUAUUGUGGCGGGCGCGCCAGUACCGAGAAAUCUAAUGGAGCGUAUGGUGGCGCGACUAAGUAUGCAUGAGUUCACGAGCAGUUACGGACUUACUGAGGCUAGUCCGACGUGUUUUAACGCGUUUACGGAUGAUGCCGUGGAGAAGCGACUUACAACCGUCGGAACUUUAAUGCCACAUGCGCGCGCGAAGGUUGUGGAUCACGCGACGGGCGCGAUAGUGCCUGUAGGGGAGAAGGGGGAGUUAUUGAUUGCCGGGUAUCAAUUACAGGCCGGCUACUGGAAUAAUUCCGAAAAGACAGCGGAGACCAUGUCGCGGGAUGCGGAAGGUGUUCUAUGGUUGAGAACGGGCGAUGAGGCUGUGUUCGACGAUGAGGGGUAUUGCACAAUUACAGGGAGGUUUAAAGAUAUUAUCAUUCGCGGCGGCGAGAACAUAUACCCCCUCGAAAUCGAGGAAAGACUUACGGCACACCCCGCUGUGGCACGGGCCGUAGUGGCGGGGUUGAAGGACGCGCAUUAUGGUGAGGUGGUGGGGGCGUUUUUGGAGUUGGCGGGUGAAGCUAGGAAGGGAGGAGAGGGAAGACCGAGUGAUGAACAGAUACGCGAGUGGGUGCAGCAGAAGCUUGGAAGGCAUAAGGCGCCUACGCAUGUGUUCUGGCUUGGUGAGGGAGGCGUUCCGGCGGAGGUACCCCUGACGGGAAGCGGGAAGGUGAAGAAGUAUGAGAUGACCCGGUUUGGGGAGGAAAUUCUGAGAAAGAGAAGGUUAGAGAAGUUGUAGAUACGGUCCCAAGGGGCAUCUGUUUAUUACAAGAUAAGAGGGAGAUUAAACAUGUAAGAUCCUAGGGUACCUAGAGCAGAAGCGGUAGACAUCUCAUCGGCGUGGAGGGUUUAGAAAGUGUCGGUACCUAUUGGAGACGCCACUAUACACAACUUUUGCUUGUCAUCAUGAUAUGGCAUAAAAAAUAUGUUAUAUAAGCGUUUCCUAGCUGCCCAUCCUA